UCUCGGCAGCGGGAUGGGCUCCACGCGGGGCACGGCCGUCCCCUGCGCCCACCCAGGGGAGGGUUGCCGGACAGAUCCACAACACGGAGCGGGGUGGCUGCAAACAGAGGCUGAGCUGUUCCCCUUCCCUGGGACCCCACCCGGGACUGCUGAGCCCUCCGGCACAAGCAGCAGCCCUGGGGAGGCCGGGACGGACCCUGCAGUGCGGGAUGGAGUGAGCACCGCGGCACAGCCUUCACCCUCUGCUGGUGCCACUGAUGCAGCUGCAGGCAGAGAGGGAACGUCUCCUACACCCCCUGGGGAGAGCCCAGCCAGGGUGUUCACAGCAGUCACCAUGGAGCUCAGCACAGCUCCAGCCAUCAGCACUGCCCCCAAGACUGAGCCCAUAGGAAAUGAGAAGGCAGAGAGUUCCCCAACCCCACAGAGGACCCUGUCGCAUUCAUCGUCCCACAUGAUGGUGCCCAGCAGCUCUAGGGGGCAGUGGGGAACCCCCAGCACUGUGAGGACAGCGCUCACACAGAGCUGGGAGGGCUCACUUAACCCCUCACACCCUGCCCUGGAGCCAGAGGGCAGGGGUGCCACCAUCCCACCCAGUGACAUCAGAGCAGGGACCCCCCAGGGCCACACAGCAGACAGCCCUGUGCCGGGGACGAGUGGGACACUGUCUUUUGUGGGGGGGCUGCAGAGUCUGCAGAGCCCCCCUGGGGAACUAGGAAGGAUUCAUCAGGUGCUGGCAGGGACAGGGCCAGUAGGAGAGUCCCACUCAUUGCAGGGGACAACCAUGGCCUGGCUGGGUCCUCAUGCCACUUCCCGCCCCCCUCUGCUGUUCUCAGGGGUUGCUGGCCAUGGAGGGCGGAUGUGGCAUCCCAAGGGCCCUGGGGCCAGCACGACCCUACUGCCCAUGGAGUCACGUCUGCCUCCUGACCCUAGCACCACAGCCGCUGUCCUAGGGGUGACAUUCCCUGGCCCUGAGGGAGCCCCAGACCUGACCACGGAGGUGUUGGGGCUGCUAAACAUUCAGAGUCCCCCUGGGCCCAACCAUGUCCCCAUGAAUCAGACCUGGCAUAUCUCAGCCUUGCCAGGGGAAGCCCCACCGUCACUGGGCCCACAGCCCUCCCUGGGGCUCAUCCCUACUGCAGACACCCACCCAGCAGCGUCCCCAGGGCAUGAACAUGCUGAGAGGCCUCAGGUCCCAGGAGGGACCCCGGUGUGGGCAGGUGAUGCUGGGCCUUGGGCAGUGACUGCACCACCAAGCACAGCCCUUCCCGCGGCCCCCAGCUCUCCACUGCAGCCAGCCCUGACCAAACCCACGUCAUCUCCACCUCUGCUGACCUUUAGCACCAGCAUCACCAGCACUGCCACCAGCACACCUACUGCUACCAGCACAGCCACUGCCACCAGCCCCGCACUGCUCAGGGGUGAGAGGACGGCCCCGCUGGAUCCCAUCAGUGCUGCAUGUCGGGGGGGCUGUGGAGGAGCUGACGCGGGGGCCCAGUGCGGUGCCAGGGUCCCCCCAUCAGCCCACAGACCCCCCCCGGGGGCACAGAGCCGCCUCCUUCACAGAGCAGCCCUACGGAGCGGCCACACGCUGACCCCACAUGCGUGACACCAAACCCAGAGACAGCAGGCAGGGCCACCCCGGAGUUCAUCGUGGAGGAUGAACCGCCGCAGCUGCGAGCGUCCCUCCUGCGCGUGCCCUGCGAGCUGGCGCUGGACAUGGC